UUUGGCCGGUUUGCAGGACCAUCACCCCCCGUCUUCUAGAGAGGGAGUGAGAGGAGAGAGAAACUAGAGAGAGAAAAUUUUAUCCUAGGGUUUUACAGUUUUUACUUGUAAAUUUUCGUCAUCUUUGUGAGCUAAAUAUCGAAACAAAUUCGAGACAUUUUGUUUUCGGAGUUAAAAAGAAGUAAAUAAAUUUGUUCCUAGGGCAUUUACACCAAAUUUGAAGAACAGAAGCUUCCCACCGUUCAAUCGGAGACCUUAUCUCAAGUCAGAGUUCACUCCCGUUGUGAAAACGACAGAUAAGUUGCAGAUAAACGGUUAUGAUAAGUACAGCUUACUGUUUCUUGGCAAGCACAACAAGUCAGCAACCCUGUUUUUAACAUUGUAACUGUCUCUCUCUGCAUUUUACAUGGGGAAAUUACAAUGAGCAAGUGUUUUUGGGGGAUUUUUAAAUUAUGGGUAUUAAAUUAUUGGUUUAGUGGAGGUGGGUUUGUGACUAAAAAAAGAGGAGGGUGAGAAAUGGGGGCAAUUGGUGGGGAGGAGUUGAUGAAGUGGGAGAAGAUGCAAGGGGAAGCAAGUGCACGGGAGGAGAAAAUUCUUGUAUUGGUCAGAUUGAGGCCUUUGAGUGAGAAGGAGAUUGCGAGGAAUGAAGUUUCAGACUGGGAAUGCAUCAAUGAGACUGCCAUCUUGUUCCGGAACAGUCUUCAAGAGCGGUCCGGGUUUCCAACCGCCUACACUUUUGACAGAGUAUUUAGAGGUGACUGCUCGACAAGGCAGGUAUAUGACGAAGGAGCAAAGGAGAUUGCUCUUUCUGUUGUCAGUGGUAUUAACUCGAGUAUUUUUGCAUAUGGGCAAACAAGCAGUGGAAAGACAUAUACAAUGACUGGAAUAACAGAGUAUACGGUUGCAGAUAUAUAUGACUAUAUACAAAGGCAUGAAGAAAGAGCAUUUGUUUUAAAGUUUUCUGCAAUGGAGAUCUACAAUGAAGCUGUCAGAGAUCUUCUUAGCACAGACAAUACUCCACUUAGGCUCCUAGAUGAUCCAGAGAAAGGGACUAUCGUUGAGAAACUCACAGAGGAAACUCUUAGGGAUUGGGGUCAUCUCAAGGAUCUCCUAUCCAUUUGUGAAGCUCAAAGACAGAUAGGGGAGACAUUGCUUAAUGAAACAAGCUCUAGAUCUCAUCAAAUUCUUAGAUUGACAAUUGAAAGUUCUGCUCGUGAGUUUUUGGGCAAGGACAAUUCAACAACCCUUGCAGCCAGUGUGAAUUUCGUUGAUCUGGCAGGGAGUGAGCGGGCGUCUCAGGCAUUAUCAGUCGGGACAAGACUGAAAGAAGGCUGUCACAUCAAUCGUAGUUUACUGACUCUAGGAACUGUUAUUCGCAAGCUAAGCAAGGGAAGACAAGGACACGUCAAUUACAGAGAUUCAAAGCUAACACGCAUACUACAUCCCUGCUUGGGAGGCAAUGCCAGAACUGCUAUCAUUUGCACUUUGAGCCCUGCACGAAGCCAUGUUGAGCAAUCUAGAAAUACUCUCUUGUUUGCCAGUUGUGCAAAAGAAGUGAACACAAAUGCAAAGGUCAAUGUUGUCAUGUCUGAUAAGGCCUUGGUGAAACAUUUGCAAAAAGAGUUGGCUCGAUUGGAGACCGAGUUAAGAACUCCAGCCCCUACUUCCACUUGUGAUUAUGCAGCAAUACUGAGAAAGAAAGAUCUUCAGAUUGAAAAGUUAGAGAAAGAGGUGAAAGAGCUAACUAAGCAACGGGAUCUUGCUCAGUCUCGGGUUGAGGAUUUACUACGAUUGGUAGGAAAUGAUCAAGCUUCAAGGCAACAGGAUGGAAUUAGUCAUCAUCCUAAAUGGCAUGUAGGGGAUAAAUGGGAAGAUGAGUGUUCUGAAUCAGAGUCAUCUGGUGUGGCUGAUCCUCAUUGUUUGGACACAAGUGCAAAAAAAAUUAAUUCUACUAACAUAGAUUAUAGGAGUAAUCCCGAAGAACCCUACUUGAAGCUUUCAGGGAAUGAUGAAGACAAGUCUCUGUCUAAUUGUGCUUCUAAACCACUGUCAUAUGGUGGUAAGUCUGUCAGAUCCUGGCCAUGUCAUCGUCGGAAGGAGUUCUCAAUGGAAACCAGAGAGGAUCCUGAGGAUAUCUGCAAGGAAGUUCGAUGUAUUGAGAUAGAUGAGUACAGCAAGGACAAGAUAUCUGAUUCUCUUGCCAUACCAGCCCGUGAGAAUAGAAUAUUGACGUUGACAUUGUCUAGGAUGGGCAAUUUGGCAGAUGAGGAAAUGGUAUCAACCUCACCUAGAGAAAGUCGGAUCCAAAAUGAUUUAACUUAUGGGGUAAUGGAGCAGAAAAUCCAGGAUGAAGAAAAGACCAUUGAUUCUCUUGUCAGUCUUUACCCUGAUGAACCAUCUCCUUGGGCCCUGGCAGCAGAUAUGUCAAGUUCUAGAAGCCUGAAGUUAACUAGGAGCAGGAGUUGUAGAGCAAGUCUCAUGACAGGCUCAUCUUCGCCAUGCUUUGAUAUGACAGGACAAAGUCAGAACACCCCGCCUAAUGGGUUUGAGAGAAGCUUUCCUGGAAGACCAGAAGGCUUUGAAAGGAUGCUUCCUCCGUAUAAUUAUGGUACCAACCUUAUAGGGUUGUCAAGAAAUGAUUCUCUAUCGUCUAUUGGAAGUGCUUUACCAGAUGGGCUAAAAUCUCAGAACAACAAGGCUUCCUUAGAUGAGGAUGUUCCUAGCAUUCACACUUUUGUUGCUGGGCUGAAGGAAAUGACCAAGCUUCAGUAUGGAGAACAAAUUCUUGAUGGGCAGGUUCAGGAAAUGGAGCCAGAGGUUGAAGAGUCUGGGAAGAAAGUCAGAGAUGUCGGAUUAGAUCCAAUGCAUGAAGUGGGAACACCUGAAAAUUGGCCCCUUGAAUUUGAGAGGAAGCAGAAAGUGAUACUUGAACUUUGGCACGCUUGCAAUGUUUCAUUGGUCCAUAGGACGUAUUUCUUCCUACUCUUUAAUGGUCACCCGACAGACUCCAUCUACAUGGAGGUAGAGCUCAGGAGACUUUCCUUCCUCAAGGAAGCAUUUUCUGGGGGAAAUCAGGCUGUGGAAGAUGGCUGCACUGUCACAUUAGCUUCAAGCAUGAAGGCUCUUCGCCGCGAGAGAGAGAUGUUAAGCAGACUAAUGUACAAGAGAUUCUCAGGAGUGGAGAGAAAUGGACUCUACCAGAAGUGGGGUAUCCAUUUGGACUCAAAGCGGAGGAGGCUGCAACUGGUGCAUUACUUGUGGAGUGACACAAAGGAUAUGAACCACAUUAGGGAGAGUGCUGCUAUUGUUUCAAAGUUGAUCAGGUUCUCGGAGCAUGGACAGGCCAUGAAGGAGAUGUUUGGACUUAGCUUCACUCCUCCACGAAUGAGCCGGAGAUCCCUUGUUUGGAAACACAGCAUGGCAUCCCUUUUCUAAGCUUGUAGUAUGUUCAUGUAUAGACAACUCUAGAGGCGAUUUGGUAGAAAUGAGAUUGACCAGAUAACAUUCAUUAUGAUUAAAUUUUGACAAUGCUGGUGCUUGAUUUGUUGGUGAGAUUUUUGUGGAGCACUUGCCUUGUACAACUACUCGAUUGAGGCAAUCAGCUUUUGCAGUAUAUCAGAUCUCGGUUACUUUCUUAAACUGCUGCAAGAAGCAAGCACUAGACAAUGGUCACAGCCAAGAAGGUUCCUCUCAGACAGUGCAUCACCUGAGGUUAUUUAUACACAGCUGAUUUAUGAGUGGUAAUCCAUUUUUUUUUUUUUUUUUUUGGGUCCUGUAAUUUGUGGAGUUUCUGCUUUUAUGAUUGUAUCAUUAUAUGAAGUUUUUUUUUUUUUUUUUUUAGUAUGCUUGAAUAAGACCGUUAUUAUUCUAUGAUCUCUUUUGAUUUA